GGAAAAUUCCAAAAAAAAAAAAAAGAGAUCAACCACCGCCAGCAUGGAUUCCCUCUGGUAUGAGAUGCUCAACGACACCCUCUGCUACGCCAACCUCUGGGCCUUGGCCUGCCUGAUCGCCCUCGUGUUCACCUGGCAGGUCUCCCUGCGUAUCGCCGCCCACCUGCGUCGCCUGGCCAGCUUCACCGACUCGCGCCAGCUCUACCACCGCAUGCCCCGGCCGCGCAUGGCCUGGCUGAAGCGCCAUCUGUUCGAUGCCCCGCUGCUGCGGACCCGGCACAACCGCGAGUGGCAGCUGUCGUCCGCCGUCAACAUGGGCACCUUGCCCGGCCGCUUCCAUGCCCUGCUGCUGGCUGGGAUCGUCGCCAUGAACGUCGCUCUGUGCACCAACACCGUUCCUUACGGGGAUAAGGAGUCCACCGUCGCCGAGCUGAUCCGCAACCGCGCCGGCUUCAUGGCCACUGCCAACCUCUUCCCCCUGCUGGUCAUGUCCGGCCGCAACAACCCGUUGAUCCGCCUGCUGGGCGUCUCCUUCGACACCUGGAACCUGCUGCACCGCUGGCUGGGGCGCAUUGUCGUGCUGGAGGCCUUGACUCAUGUCAUUGCGUGGGGCGUGCCCAAGGUGCAAGAAUACGGAUGGGCAACGGCUCUCGGGACCCUGAAGAAGCCAUUCAUGUUCAACGGUUUGAUGUGCUUGAUAGCCCUGUUGGUCAUACUCUGCCAGUCGCCCUCUCCCAUCCGCCACGCCUUCUACGAGACCUUCCUGCACCUGCACAUCGCUCUGGCCUGCGUCGCCGUGGGAUUCAUCUGGCAUCACGUCUACCGCUACUCCUGUCGCUACUACUUGUACGCCGCUGUGGCGUUCUGGGCUUUCGAGCGACUCACGCGCUUCGUCAUUCUGGGCUACCGCAACUACCGCGUUGGCCACCGCACCACGGCUUACCUCGAAGCCCUCCCCGGCGACGCCGUCCGCGUCACCCUGCAGCUGGCCCGGCCCUGGACCUUCGCCCCGGGCCAGUACUGCUUCAUCUACAUCCCUUCCAUCGGCGGGUGGACCUCGCACCCCUUCUCCAUCGCUUGGGGCGAGACCGGCCCGUCCUUCCCGGGCUCCUUCAACGAGAAGGUCCAACUGGAGACGGGAGACGACAUGGUGCUGGAGGACCUGAAUUCGCGCAAAGCCUCGUCCAUCUCCCUGCUGAUCCGCCGGCGCACCGGCUUCACCGAUCGCCUGUAUCGCAAGGCCGAAACGCAUGCACGCCUGCAGAUGCCCCCGGAUAACAUCGGGCACCCCAAUGGGAUGGGACCGGCGGGGGGACGUCCCCCGUCGACCGACUUCCGCGCCACGCCCCUCAAGGUGUCCGCGCUCGUCGAGGGCCCGUACGGGGACCUGCACAGUCUCGACUCGUACGGCACGGUGAUGCUGUUCGCGGGCGGCGUGGGCAUCACCCACUGCCUGCCCUUCAUCCACCACCUGGUGCAGGGCCACAGUGACGGGACCGUGGCGGCGCGACGCGUCACCUUGGUCUGGAUCAUCCAGUCGCCCGAGCAUCUGGACUGGAUCCGGCCGUGGAUGACCACCAUCCUCGGCAUGGAGGGCCGACGCGACGUGCUCCGCAUCCAGCUCUUCAUCACGCGGCCACGCAAUCCGCGCGAGAUUAGGAGCCCCAGCGAGACGGUGCAGAUGUUCCCGGGGCGGCCGAACGUGGACACGCUGCUGCGCAUGGAGGGGGAGCACCAGGUGGGCGCGAUGGGGGUGAUGGUGUGCGGGAAUGGGGCGCUGAGCGAUGAUGUGCGCCGCGCGUGUCGCCAACGGCAGGGGGGGUACCAGCUGGACUUCAUCGAGGAGAGCUUCACCUGGUGAUUCUUCUGAUUGAUGCCAGGCCAGUGGAGCUCUGAAGCACUCCCGGCAGCUCCCGCACUUUCUCGUCGUAUGUCAUGGCUCUGCCUUUCCCUGCGGCGUGUAUCGUCAUCAGUUAGCCCGUUUAUAGUGUGGACAAUGUAGCACCGUGGAGAAUUAUAUGGUGAUCUACGUGAUCAUUCCCGAC